AUGACUACCAGCCAGGCGAAUUUCACAAGGAUGGACCAGAACAUAGCCUCACUGGAGGCAGGCCAGAGGAACCAGGGUGCCAUUUUGCAGGAUUUACAGAACCAGGUUGGUGACAUAGCUCGCCAGAUUAAUACCCGGGCACCGGGGACUCUGCCUGCCACUACCAUACCCAAUCCACGGGAGCCGCAUCAGCAGCUGAAUGCCAUCACCACCAGGAGUGGAAAUUCCACAUCUGUGGUACCUGCCCAGGCUCGGGAGGAAGAGCCACUGCCUACUUCAGCACUUCCAGGCGACGAUGCAGAAGUGAGAGUGGAGAAGGAAGCCUCUGCCCCCAAGCCACAACCAGUGGUUAAGGAGCAUGUACCUCAGCUUCCCUUCCCCACUCGACUACACAAAGAUAAGCUGGAGACUGAGUUUGCCAAGUUCAUGGCAAUGUUGAAGCAGGUCAACAUCAACAUACCUUUCAUGGAGGCACUGUCGAAGAUGCCCAAGUACGCCAAGUUUAUGAAGGAUCUCCUCAGCAACAAGAAGAAAUUUGGGGAUCUUUCGACAAUGAUGCUAAGCGAGGAAUGCUCUGCCAUCUUACAGGACAAGCUGCCUGAAAAGCGCAAGGACCCAGGGAGUUUUACUAUCCCUCUCACUAUUGGCAGCAUGCAUAUAGGGAAGUCCUUGGCGGACCUAGACGGUAGCAUAAAUGUCAUGCCAUACAACUUGUUUACAAAGCUGGACCUAGGUGAACUUAGCCCUGCUAGGAGGAGCAUUCAGUUAGCUUAUCGCUCUAUCGUGCAUCCUAGGGGUAUCAUAAAAGAUAUGCUUGUUAAAGUAGGCGCAUUCACAUAUCCUGUUGAUUUUGUUAUUCUGGAUAUAAAUGAGGAUGUGGAUGUGCCUUUGAUUCUGGGUAGACCAUUUCUUGCCACCGCCAAGGCCCUUAUUGAUGUGCAUACUGGUAAACUGACCCUGCGUGCUAGGAAUGAACAUGCUACUUUUUCUGUGGCUGAAUUCGAUCAUUGUGAUAUGCCUGCUGUCACACCUAUGCAUGCUAUUUCUCACUAG